ACAUGUGCCAUAUAACCUUGUUUUUUAAACACCAUCACUAACAACAUUUGUCGUACCCCAGAUUUCAUUUCCCUAAAUCUAAAGAUAAUGUCAAUGGCAACUCCCCAUCUCACCCACUCACAUCCCCCAACACUUAUUAGCCACUCACCAGCAAGACUACUACGACCCACCAGAGCCACCCCUGUCUCCGGCAACAUGACCACCACCGAUCAGUUCAAAGACUACCAUCCGUCGCUUGAAGUCUUGGGUGGAGCUCGUGACAUGUUCUGUCCGGUUAUCAAGACUCACUUGGGCCGUCCCUAUAACCACUAUCCGGUUUUCGGUUCCAACCGCCAUAUUGAAACCAUAUUUGCUGCUUUUUUUCGGAACAUACCCGAUGUCAACUAUAAGCGUGAGUGCCUCAGGACCCCGGAUGAUGGGACCGUUACACUCGAUUGGGUUUCCGGUGAUGCCCGAACCUUGCCGGAUAACACUCCUAUUCUCUUAUUACUUCCUGGUUUGUCGGGAGGAAGUGAUGAUUCGUACGUAAGGCAUAUGUUGGUGAGAGCGAGAAACAAAGGGUGGCGCGUAGUGGUAUUCAAUAGCCGCGGCUGUGCUGAUAGUCCUGUUACCACACCUCAGAUGUAUUCGGCUUCGUUUCUAGGAGAUCUCGAUGAAGUAGUGAAUCAUGUUGUCACCAGAUAUCCGAAAGCCAAUCUUUAUGGUGCCGGUUGGUCCAUGGGAGCUAACAUUCUUGUUCAAUAUUUAGGAAAGGAGGCUGGUGCACGCAAUUUUUCGGGUGCAGUUUCCAUGUGUAAUCCUUUCAAUUUGGUUAUGUCAGAUGAGGAUUUAUGCCAGGGAUUUAACAAAAUUUAUAACCGAUCUCUCGCCAAGGCGUUGAGUGGCAUUUUAAAGAAGCAUCUUAUGUUGUUUGAAGACAUUGGAGGCGAUUACAAUAUCCAGUUAGCGGCUAACGCUGAAACCAUCCGGGAUUAUGAUGAAGGAUUGACCCGAGUUUCCUUUGGUUUCAAGUCAGUCGACGAGUACUUGCAAAAAUCAUGCAGUGCGGAUUACAUAAAAUAUGUUCGCACACCUUUGCUUUGCAUACAGGCGAAAAAUGAUCCGAUCGCACCUGAUAGAGCGAUACCUCGUGAAGACAUCAAGGAGAACCCGAAUUGUGUGUUGAUAGUUACACCACAAGGCGGUCAUUUAGGGUGGGUUGCGGGUGAGAAUGCUCCACAAGGGUGCCCAUGGACCGAUCCUAUGGUCAUGGAUUUCCUCCAACAUCUUGAAAAUGAAAAAUCGGGCACACGUCAAGGUACAGGCAACGUGCUGCAGUCGGUAGAGGCAUAGACUAGAUUCAUUGGCAACCAUUUGUAUGUAUGUACUUUAGUAGGUUUAGUUACCCUUUUUAUGUUACCAAAUGGAAAUAUAAUAUGUUGCAACAAUGUGUGAUUCAUAUUUAACCCUUCUUAAAUAUCUCCAA